UGAAACAUAGCAAGCGAUCAUUCCUGAGUCGUGAAACCUGUUGAAAAAAGGGGAAGGUGGAGCCACAGCGUGACCCGGAAGCAGAAGUGACUUUCCUAGGGGAAGCCGCAGUUCUGCCCGCAGCAGGAGUCGCACCAAUUUAUCAGCUUGAAGCCUCUACCAGGGAAGAAGAUGCUAAUUAAAGUGAAGACACUGACUGGAAAGGAGAUUGAAAUUGACAUUGAACCCACAGAUAAGGUGGAGCGAAUCAAGGAGCGAGUGGAGGAGAAAGAGGGAAUCCCACCACAGCAACAGCGGCUCAUCUACAGUGGCAAACAGAUGAAUGAUGAGAAGACAGCAGCUGACUACAAGAUUCUAGGCGGUUCUGUCCUCCACCUGGUGUUGGCACUGAGAGGAGGAGGUGGUCUUAGGCAAUGAUGAGUCUUCCCUCCACUUCACCUCCUUAUCCUUUCACUCAUAAUGAAGCAUAUAUUCUCUCACUGGCUGGGACACCCAAGCCAUUGCCCUCUCUCUUGGUUGCCCAGUCUUGUGUGUCUACUGGUGGGAGACUGUGAGGACCUCAGGAUGCAGUGCUCCUGCCCCAAAAGGCCUUCACUGGCUAUUGGGUUUUAGUUUGCAGUCCUGUGUGCUUCCCUCUCUUAUGGCUGUGUCCUUGGUGUCAAUAAAAUACUUCCUAGCCUCCUGGAA